AGCCCGAAUUGACCUCUUGACGGCGGAGUGGAAUCAGAGAUAGGGUACGAUAUUUCUCUUUGCCCUAGCACGGAGGCUGACUCGCAACCCGGAAUGACAAGGCUGCAGUAUGGCCUGAGGAUUUGACCUCGCAGGACAACCACUGGGUCAACAUAUCAGACGGCCGCUUCGCUAAAGAGCCCCGUACAGGUCCCAGUAACAGCACCGCCAUCUUGUGGUGUCGUUCUGCAGCUACAAGUAGCCGCUCUAUACCGGAAGUGAACCCGCGGAGGUCAUCAUGGGAAGCAAAGUCAGCUCCAAAAUGGCAGCACCCGCCGCCCGAGUGAUCCAGGCUAUCCGGCCUCGUGCUCCUCUGAUCAAGUUCCCCCAAAGACAGGACGUCCCACGGCCCAAUGUCCAAGAGGCUUUGAAAACGUUAGCGGUUAACUCCUCGCCACACAGCGCCCUGACUUCACCUCUGUCAUCAAGACCCCAUGUACCAUUGACCUUCAUUUCUGGUACGCCAGAUUCGCUGGCCUCCAUUCAGCUGCUCCCUGCAAGGUACCGCAGGAGACCGAUGGCAGUGGAGGAAAUGGACUACAUCCAGCGCGGCGGACCAGAAUGACGCAACCAAAGUCCUCAUCCGUGUGAGAUCAGUCCGUCUGCACUCUGUUCGUCAGUUUAACCUAUUGCCACAUGAGACAUGAUGUAGAAUAAAGUAUUGCAUAAAGCCAGUUAAAAUGUA